AUGAGAACAAUGGUUGAUUUGGGAAGAGAAAGAAGCAGCCAUCUACAAAUCAUUGAUUCUCCGACGAACGUUGACUGUGCCCGUGAAGUCCGUCUCCGGCGAACUCUCCGUUCACUCAUUGAGUGCUUAAUCCCAUAUUGUUGCACUUACCAAUCUCCUCCCUUUGACCAAAACGACACCAUCUCUGUCACUUCAUCCUCCGACCAAACUGGUGUCCUCCUCGUCACCGGAACUUUCUUCGGUCACCGUCGUGGCCACGUCAGCUUCUGCCUCCAAGACGACACUCGUCCUGCUUCUCCACCACUCCUCCUCGUCGAGCUAGCCGUUCCCACGGCGGCUCUAGCUCGGGAGAUGGAAGAAGGGUUUCUCCGAAUAGCUCUCCGGAGCAAAAGCAACCGCCGGUCUAGUAUCUUUAACGUUCCGGUUUGGUCUAUGUAUUGUAACGGCCGGAAAGUUGGGUUUGCUGUGAGGAGAGAAAUUACUGAAAAUGACGUCGGAUUUCUCCGGCUGAUGAAGUCUGUUUCCGUUGGGGCAGGGGUGAUUCCGGUGGGAGGUAACGGCGACGGAGACGGCGAGAUGUUGUAUCUGAGGGCAAAGUUCGAGCGGGUCACCGGGUCGAGUGACUCGGAAUCGUUUCAUAUGGUGAACACGGGAGGUAGUUAUGGACAGGAGCUUAGCAUUUUUCUUUUGAGAUCGUGA